UUGUACGCGGACAUGGACAUUUUGGACUGCCCGUUGAUAUCGGUAAACGCUCGCGUUUGGCGGUUUUGGUCGUUCGUGCUGAAGCAUGAUUACAUGCGCUACAUUAGCAUCAUCCCGGUCAGCGUGAUGAAUGUGUUCAUGUUCGCGGAUCUGUACCAGGCCUGGGGCAACAUGGAUGUGCUGAUUAUAAACGCGUAUUUCGCGGUGUUGUACUUUAACGCGGUGCUGCGAACGCUGAUUUUGGUUCAUAAUCAUGAGACGUACGAAGGAUUCUUGAGUCGAAUCGCUUCAGUGUAUUUGGAAAUUUCACUGAUAGAUGAUGACGUCGUUCAGAAGCUGGUCCGGGAUUACACAAAGCGAGCGAGGCUGCUUUCAAUCUCCAAUCUUGCCUUGGGAGCCAUCAUAAGUACGUGUUUUGUGGUGUAUCCUUUGUUCACCGGUCAGCGAGGACUACCGUACGGCAUGUUUAUCCCGGGGAUAAACAACUACGAGUCGCCACAGUACGAGAUCUUUUACGUCAUGCAAGCCGUGCUCACAUUUCCUGGAUGUUGUAUGUACAUCCCCUUCACCAGUUUUUUCGCAACAUCUACCUUAUUUGGGCUGGUGCAGAUUAAAACUCUGCAGCGUCAGUUGCGGACCUUCAAGGAAGAAUCGAUGACAGAUGGCAACGCGGAAAAAUUGAAAGCGAAGAUGGUCAAAUUCGUACAGCACCAUAGAAGAAUAAUUACCUAUGUUUCUGAAAUGAACGAUUUGGUGACCUACAUUUGUCUGCUCGAGUUCCUCUCCUUCGGAAUGAUGCUCUGCGCGCUACUGUUUCUGCUAAAUAUUAUUGAUAAUCAAGCUCAAAUCAUCAUCGUGGCGGCUUACAUUUUCAUGAUAAUCUCCCAGAUUUUCGCCUUCUACUGGCAUGCAAACGAGGUUCGCGAGGAGAGCAUGGGAAUCGCCGAGGCCGCUUAUUGUGGCCCUUGGGUUGAGCUCGAAGAUUCAAUUAAGAAAAUGCUGCUGCUGAUAACGCUGCGGGCACAGCAGCCGCUGGAGAUCACCGUGGGGAAUGUGUAUGCGAUGACUUUGGAGAUGUUCCAAUCGCUGCUGAAUGCAUCUUACUCGUAUUUCACCCUGCUUCGACGCGUUUAUAAUUAAAAAAGCAAAAAAAGAGGAAGAGCCGUUUUCGACUCCACGUCCAUCGUUGGAAUCCAGCCCCGAACGCUAUUGAAGGUGACCGCGCAUCCCAUUCGUAAGCGCUACAACACUCGCGGAAAAGGAAAACCAGCCGCGGCUCGAAUACCAGAGUUCAUCGGCGGAUUCAUCGCCCACGUCUCCCAUGCACGCAAGAGCCGCCGGCUAUUCACUCCAUCCAGCGCAAUGAUACCGACAAGUGAGCAACUGCUAAAUUGUCCGAUAAUAUCGGUCAACUUGCGCGUUUGGCACUUUUGGUCCUUUAUCCUGAAGCAUGACUACAUGCGCUACAUUAGCAUCAUCCCGGUGAGCGUGAUGAAUGUGUUCAUGUUUGCUGACCUCUAUCGGGCGUGGGGCAACAUCGAUGUGCUGAUUAUCAACGCCUAUUUCGCAGUGCUGUAUUUCAACGCGGUGCUGCGAACGGUAAUUUUGGUGUACAGACGGCAGACUUACGAGAAGUUUCUGGGAAAAAUCGCUUCCAUUUAUCGUGAAAUUGAGGCAAUGGAAGAUGAUGAAAUUCAGCAUCUGUUGCGGACUCUCACCAAACGAGCCAGAAUUAUCUCCUACGCAAACCUCGGCUUGGGGGCAUUCAUCAGCACGUGUUUCGUCGUGUAUCCGUUGUUUACGGCGGAAAGGGGGCUUCCGUACGGGAUGUGGAUUCCUGGAGUGAACAAUUUGCAAUCGCCCCAGUAUGAGGUGCUGUUCGUCAUUCAGGCAGUUCUAACAUUUCCCGGCUGCUGUAUGUACAUUCCGUUUACGAGUUUCUUCGCCUCGUGUACUCUGUUUGGGCUGAUCAUGAUCAAAAAGGUGCAGCAUCAGUUAAGGAAUCUGAGAGGCAACGAAUGUCUGAACGGCAAGCUGAAUUCAAUUAUCGAAGAACACACCACGAUAAUCGCCUAUGUGCAUGAAUUGAAUGAUUUGGUGACCUACAUCUGUAUGGAAGAGUUCUUAUCGUUCGGAUUGAUGCUGUGCGCUUUACUGUUUCUGUCGAAUAUUAUCGAACAAUUUGCCCAAAUCGUGAUUGUGGUCUCGUACAUUUUUAUGAUACUAUCCCAAAUAUUCGCUUUCUAUUGGCACGGGAAUGAGAUUCGGGAGGAAAGUAUAGCCAUCGCACAGGCCGUGUAUAGCGGUCACUGGCGCGAGAUGGACACAAGUAUCCGCAAGAAGCUUUUGUUGGUUAUUAUGCGUGCCCAACGGCCUCUGGAAAUAAAAGUGGGAAAUGUUUACCCGAUGACAUUGGAGAUGUUCCAGUCGCUACUCAACACGUCCUAUUCCGUUUUUACACUCCUCAGGCGAAUUUACAAAUGA